AUGCUGUCGAUUUUGCGAAAAGCGCGGCUCAAGGACAAGGAGAUGCGAAUUCUGAUGCUGUGGGUUGGGGACGUCGGCGGACAGAAGACAUUGCGGUCCUACUGGCGAAAUUAUUUUGAAAAAACGGAUGCGCUGAUCUGGGUCGUCGACUCCACGGACCGGCUGCGCAUUGACGACUGCAGAGAGGAGCUUCACGGGCUCCUGGAGGAAGAGCGACUGGCUGGAGCCUGUCUGCUCAUCUUUGCCAACAAGACGGACGUGGAUGGGUGUAUGACAGAGGCAGAGAUCCUCCGGGCCCUACGACUGGACGAGAUUCGAACGCACCAGUGGCACAUCCUACAGUGCAGUGCCAUGACGGGGAAGAACCUGAAGGAAGGGCUCGCUUGGGUUGUGGAGGAUGCUAAGAAGCGGCUGUUUCUGUACUAG